AAAAGUUUCCCAUAAGCAUUACCAACCCUAAUUCCUCUUUCCCUGCUUUCUGCAGGGGAGGUGAGAAAAAAAUUUAAAAAAAAAAAUAAAAUUUAUAUCAAAUAUUCAUACCAUUUGCAUUAUGAAUGAAGAAAUUAAAACCAAUGCAACCAUUGUUGGGUAUAUAGAAAAAAACAAUGAAAAUAAUCACAAGAAACCUCCAAUCUCUAAAGGGAAGAAAAAAAUAUUUAAAGAUCACAUAAAUAUUUUUAAAGUUGCGUUAUAUAUGUUAAAAAAUAAAAAGGGUAACAAGAAAAAACAGUUAUCAUCCUCUAUUUCAGGAGUCACCAAUGCGACAUUGACUAAUUUUGUGGGGAAGAUUCGUCCCCUCCAUUAUCAAAGUAGCAUUGGUGGCAUGUCUCCUCCACCACCGCUUGAUCAAGCCGGAUGGGAGGCGACAAAGGUUAUACAGGGGACGCCAGCAAAUGAAGCAUUUGAAGCGUCCCCUUAUCAUCCCAAAUAUGCAUCCUCUUUAAGCUCGUCCUCCUCCUCUAGGAGAGGGAUGAGUAGUUACGCCUCUGCUCAAAGCUUGUAUGAUCUUGAUGAUCAUAAUUAUAACGAUGAUGAUCAAAUGGAGAAGAUCUAUGAUGAUGAUGAAGAUGAAGAUGAAGAUGAAGAUGCUUAUCAUGAUGGGCUUGAAGGGGAUGAAAUGAUUGAUUUCAAGGCUGAUGUAUUCAUUGCUAAGUUUUAUAAACAAAUGAGACUCCAAGAUAAAAGUUAAGUUGUGUUAAAAAAAUUCAUAUAUUACAUAUUAUUCGUAUUGUUCUCUUAAACAACUAAAAACGGAAGAUAAUAUAUCUUCAUCUGAUUGAUUCAUGAUCAAAUUCAAAUAUGGUGAUCUUUUGAUUUGUAAUCAUUUAAAGGAAAUUGAAGCAUAGUUUUUUUGUUAUUAGAGAUGAAAAGGAAGGAGAGAGAAUAAGACUUACUAGUUAUGUGUCCUUGCUAUUCAAAAAAAUGUCAUGAUCAUAUGCAUACCUUCAUUUAUUAGUAAGUCAAUUUUUAUUUUAACAUUUUUUUUCUCAUUUAAAAUACACCCUCUAUUUAUAUUUAAUUAAUUAAGUAUUACAUACUUGUAAUUAGUAUGUCAUAUUAUUUACUUUCU